CUUAACGUUCUUCCUAGAGAGAAAUGGUCGCAUAGUCGAUGACGGAACGAUUGGCAAUUGCAUUGGCGCCUCUCUAAACCAUCAUCAUUGAAAUCUCUCGUUACAUACGUCCAUGGCUUUCACGGGGAGCUUUUCGAGAGCGGGCAUGCUUUCGCCGCAGACUCUGGUAUUUCGCUCGCCAUCACCACGCACCAAGAACCAAAUUGGCGUUCUCAGAGCGCAUCUGAGUGAAGACGAUGACCCUUUGUUCCUCAGUGCCAAAGAAGCUGCGGCUCUCCGUGUCAUUGAGUCCCACCGACCGGAUCCCCUCUUUGUUGAUCAAUAUGCUGGCUGUUUGGUUUCUCCUAAUCUUCAGAUGGAGCAAUGCUCUCACCACUAUUGUGUUGCAACUAAGUUCUUAGAUGAUAAGUUACUUCAGAAAGUAAAACAUAUUAAUGAUGUUAAGCAGGUUGUGUUGCUAACAGAUGGAAUGGAUACUAGACCAUAUAGGCUUCAUUGGCCCACAUCGACAAUAAUAUUUGACAUAUCCCCAGACAACGUUUUCAAAAGAGCAGCUCAAGAUCUGCAAGGAAAUGGGGCUAAGAUUCCAAGAGGCAACUUUUUCUGUCAUGUCCCAUUCGAGUCCCAAAAUAUACAGCAAGAACUUUGCACUAGAGGUUUCCAAGGAGACCAACCGAGUAUAUGGGCAAUGCAGGGACUGCCUAUUAAGACUUUGGUAGAUUUUGAAGAUAUUAUGUUCAUUGUUAGUAGCAUGGCUAUGAAAGGAAGCCUUUUCUUGGGUGAAUUACCUUCUUGGUUGGCUGAAACUGAAAUUAGGUCCAUGUCUAGUACAAGUACUGCGAAGUGGAUGGACAAAAUUUUUAUGAGCAAUGGGUUUCGGGUGAAAACAAUCGUCCUCGAGGAAGUUGCAAGGAGAUUAGGCAAGGAAUUGAGAUCGGGACCCUAUAAGAAUAUUCCAUUUGUUGCAGAACAAUUACGUUUUUCGGACGACCAGAUGGAAACUUGGAGGAAGGAAUAUGAGAGGAUUGAAGACGGAGCAGAUGAAGAAGGGUUUGAAGAACUUUGAUUUUGUUCAUAAAAUUAGCAAUUUUAAUUUUGUUGUUUCAUUUUUGCUCGUAAUUCCCAAUUGUAAAUAUUUACAGUCCAUUCCAUAAUCCGGUUUAAAUGUGCAAAUCUAGAAGACGACAAAAAAAAAAGUGAUA